UGUGAAACACACUCCGGAGGACUACUCUUGAAGAAAUCCCAACAACAGAAAUUUCUUUUGUCCUUUUCUAAACUCUCAGAAGAGGAUUAAUCUUCAAGAAGAAGCAAACACUGUGUUUGUUGGUUUUCUGCUCCUGCAAAGAUUACUGGAGGUGAUCAGAAGACAGAUGGAUCUCCACUUCUUGAUGUUUUCCCUGGUCCUGAUUUCACUCAACGAGCUGCUCGUGGUGGCGAGUCCUAAUGAAGAUAACUACCAGGAGCAUCUAUAUCAUCAAGGUGAACAUCAGGCGACACGAAACCAGAUCGCGACGGCUCAGUACGAAUGUUUCCAACGAAUCGUGACACAGUCGCAACGCAAACGCAACGCAAUAGGUUUAGAGUGCAACACGACGUGGGACGGCUGGCUGUGCUGGGAUGAGACUGUCGCCGGAGUGAUGACGGUGCAGGGCUGUCCAGACUACUUCAAAGACUUUGAUCCUAACGCGAUGGCGUCCAAAGUGUGCUCAGAGACGGGCGAGUGGGGACGACACCCGGAGAGCAACAGGACGUGGACAAACUUCACAAACUGCAAAGCAAACAUGACACAUCACGGGGCAGCGGCGAUGACUCACUUCUACAUGGUGAUGAUUGGUCACGGCCUGUCGCUGGUUUCACUGCUGAUAUCACUCACAAUAUUCUUCCAUUUUAAGAGUCUGAGCUGCCAGAGAAUAACGCUCCACAAAAACCUCUUCCUCUCAUUCGUGCUGAACUCAGUCAUCACCGUCGUCUGGCUCACGACAGUUGUAAAAAAACAGGGACACACUUACAACGAUUCUGACAGCUGUAAACUGCUCAUGUUUGUCCACCUGUACCUGCUGAGCUGUAACUACUUCUGGAUGCUCUGCGAGGGGAUCUACCUGCACACUCUGAUCGUGGUGGCGGUGUUCGCAGAGAAGCAGCACCUCGUGUGGUAUUAUCUGCUGGGUUGGGGAUUUCCACUCAUACCAGCAGUGAUCCAUUCAAUAGCACGUCACUUCUACUACAAUGACAAAUGUUGGGUGAGCUCAGGUACGUCCCUGCUGUACAUAAUCCACGGACCUAUCUGUGCUGCAUUAGUGGUGAAUCUCUUCUUCCUGCUGAACAUCGUCCGGGUUCUCAUCACCAAGCUGAGGGUGACGCACCAGGCCGAGUCGAGCCUUUACAUGCGGGCGGUGAGAGCCACACUGAUCCUCAUCCCUCUGCUCGGCAUCCAGUUUGUCCUGCUGCCCUACAAACCCCAGGACCACUGGGUCUCUGAGAUCUACCUGUACGUCAUGGAGAUCCUCAUGCACUACCAGGGUCUCUUGGUUUCUACAAUAUUCUGCUUCUUCAACGGGGAGGUCCAGAGCGUUCUUCGGAGACACUGGAAUCAGCAGCGGAUGCAGUUCGCCGGCACGUUCGGCAACGCCGACUUCUUCCGCUCGGCCUCCUACGUGGCGUCGUCGCUCACAGAGGUCCACCGCUGCUACAGCAUCGAGAGCCACACAGAGCACAUGAACGGAAAGAGCUACUCGGACAUAUUCAGAUCGGAAAGCCCUUUCGUGUGAAGGUGGACAGAGAUGUUCAGAGUUUACUGCUUCUUUGACUUUUCCCAAGAUGUUUUGAAGUCAAAGUUUUCUUGGAUUACUUUGACCAAGGACAAAGAACAAACUUUCCUUCUUUUGAUGUUUUUCCAUCUACCAGCUGAAAACAACACCUUUUAUUUUUUUCCCUACAACUAUAACCUAAAUGGAGGAGCUCAAGAUGGAAGAAACUGUUUCUACAUCGUUAUUUACUUCCCACAAAUAUUUAAGUGUCCUCAUGUCUGGUGGCAAGACCCGCUGAGUCAGCAACAUGUGUCACUGCAAAACAUUAGCACAAGGAAGUACUGCUAUUGGAUCGUGUGGAGCGAGGAGAUUUCCUGGAUAUUUUUAAGGGUAUUGAAACGGGUUUUUCGACAAGAAUUAAGUGAAAUUUCUGAAACUUCCACUGGAACAAAAUGCAUUUCAGGUUUUAGUUGUAGGCACAUAAAUCUCAUGUGUAGCAAAACUAAAGGCACUUACAGUUAGAGUUAGCCCUUUGCUAGCUUAAAUAAUAUAGGAGGAGGUGUCAGUCACCAGAAUAAGACAUAAAAAAUGUAAAGAUUGAGAAGUGAUAAAUAGCUACAGAGAACGUAAAGUAUGUUUUCUGUGGUGAGUAAAACUAGUACACUCACACAAGUGAAUACAAAUGAACAGUAGCUUGCUGUAUGCUAAGUGCUGCUCUUGCUUAGCAACAUGCAAACUCAACAUUUAGGCUCAAAGCAUCCUAUAAGGGUUUCUAUAAAGCUACAGUAAAAGUAAUAAUGAAGUUCACAGUGAAAAGUUUUCAGGCACAUAAACUUACAUAGACUUGAGUAUCCUGCUUUUGAUUUGCAUAUAAACAUCAUAUCACAAAUUCAGGAAAUGGGAUUUUGAGAAUCCCCAUUUUUGCUACCUGGAGAACUCCAAAAGAAAACAGGAUACUGUGGCAUGUAUACGUCUUACCCUUGUUUGUAACAGCUGCAGAUUACCUGUGCAGCGUUUGUGGCCAGCUGAGGCCAAUGCCAGCAGAGUUUUAUAGGCCAGAAAAGAUAUAGGCUAGUUAUGUUGCUAUGGUUACUCAUCUUAGAUACCUUCUGCAGAGGCAUUAAUUUGGAACUAUGAACAGACUGUUUACCUGGAACUACUUUCAUCGGUGUCCAAAUAACAAAAGUUGAUGGACACCCACGUGACACCCUUCAGCCAAUCAGAAUCGAGUAUUCACCAAGACCAUGGUAUAACUUAAUAUAAUUGGAUAAGACGGGAGAAGGCAACAAACUGCUUACCUAUCAUAGUUUGUAGAGAACAGGCUACAGGACGCCGGGUUCCCACGUACAUGUAUGGCGGAGCAAGUUGGAAAAUACGGAAGAAACACUUUACUUCAUGGCCAAACAUCAGAACAAUGAAGUGGCUCUGAUCCAGCAACUUUAAUAUUUAACUAAAUCUUUGGCAAGUUGCUUGGCCAUUGUCCGCUGGCCACUACUGCAGACGGUGGUGUUGAUGUCGGCUUGUGUUGUAAAAAAGACACCUGCACAAAAAAACAUGCAGUAAUCAAAAACAUGGAUACUACUAUUUAUCAUGUAAGGGAUAUGAAUAUCAGGUUUCUCUGUGUGCAUGUAAACACCAUAUCCUGAAUAUGAUCCAAACCGGGGAUAUAAUCGGGGAUACUCAAGUCCUUGUGAACACACUUUUCAGCCUGACUGUUAUUUUAUCCUUAAAACAUAUUGUUCAAAAAUGCUGGAGACAUGAUGAUGUGAUUGUCACAGAGGAAACUGUUACUGAAAAGUAUGUGUGUGUGUGUGUGUUUGUACAUAUAUUUGUUUGUGUAAGAAUACGACAUAUAUCAAGACAUUAAGUAUACAUACAACUUUGUGUUUAGACAGCCUUUGUAUAUGCUUUCAUUCAGAACACGAUGCUAUCCAGCCUGGUUAAUUAUCAUUCAUUAUUAUUAUCUAUUCAUAUAAAAUAGUUAAUUAAACGUUAAGAGAUGAAUCCUGUGAAGAUAUUGGUGUCCAGGAAACAGAUUCAGCAGGAACUGAGUCAUGUUGAUAAAUGAAACUUAUGAUUAUCAUUAGUAGCGCCCUUUUUCGUAAAAUUCAGGAACUCCACAACUUGAGUGAAGAUAGUCUCCCACGUGACACCCUGCUGAAGUAAGAUUAAAGAUUUAAUUUCCUGUUACAAACUCUGAUAAGUGAAGAGCUGCUGGUUUCAGCUUCAAAAAACAGAGAGUUACAGAUCAGCGUCUCAGGAACAAAAAACUUCCUGUGGCUUUAUGUAAUCCACCAAUUAAAAAAUACAUUUAAAGUGGGGCAGCAAAAUAAAUCCUCAUUAUCUCUCAUUAUCACUAUCACAAGAAACACAUCACAAAGGUCUGAAUUUAGUAAAUAAGAAAAUGUAUCUUUGCAAACAAGCACUGCUUCCUCACUCAACAUGUGAGCAUUUGACAUGCUCUCAACAUAUUCAUGCAGUUUUACAAAACUCAAGCAGGCUACCAGAUUCCCUCAGAGUGAUUGUCGCAAAUUGAGCGGUAACAAAAAUGAUUUAUUUAUUUUAGGUUCAUGAGAAACAUGUUGCUAAAGCUAAAGCUAACAUGGACUCUUUAGUAUAAGUUUAUUUAUCUCGCUUCAUCUCAUUAUCAUGGUAUCAAAAAACUGUAUUGCAUGUCACUGCAUGUUUUUUCGGUCAGCCCUGAUGUAAAGUAAUAGUUCGACUUGAAGCUACAGCCAAGAGCUUCUCAAAGCUUAGCAUAAGACUCCAGCGGUGAACGGCUAGCCAACCUUUGCGUCAGUGCAAAAAAAACCUUUGCGCUUACUUGUAAACACAAAAUAUCGUCAAGUAUUUUAAAAAUGUCGUACUAUUCCUGCUAUGUACAGCACUUAACCCUUAACUAUUACCUCCAAACAAAGCUGACGAUCAUUUUGUACGUGCUCUCUUACACUGGACAAAUUUGUUUUUCUUUGUGCUAGCAUUAAUGUCUAAAGCAAAAAUAGGAAGUUUUAGAAAAAAAACACUGUCUGUUAAGAUUGCUAGAUUGGCUCGAAAGCUCUCCAAUUGCCACAUUAUGUCCAUAAGUAUAAUUUUGAUUUUAGCAUUAGCAUUUAGCAUUAAAGCUAACUGGUUGUUUCCCGCCAUUUUCAAGUCAUUAUGGUAAACUAAGCUGAAGAACUUCUGGCUAUGGCGUUAAGUUCAUUUUGACAGAACAAAUAAAAAGUGAUCUCAAUCUUCUUAUUAAAUUAAAAUAUCUUCAAAUAUCUCGUCAUUGAACCUCACGCACAAAUAUUUUAUCUCUAAUAUAUUUUCCCAUUACAACAAACAAUCUUUAUGUUAACAGUUGAUGCAUAUUAAAACCAGAUGUGUGUUUUUGAGGAUUAUUCUCUUGGGUCUGAAUCUCAUUUCCAUCUUUGUAACAUAGCUUUGUCAACAAUUCCCACCAGUGCUUGUUUGUACUGAAGACAAAAUGCUGUAAAUAAAAACAAGCUGCUUCCAGAUGAGGUUCCUAGAAAGGA